CGGCUCGACCUGGCUUAACCUUGAGCCUAACCGGCUCGCGCGACUUUUUUCAAGGGUGCCCGCGGCCCCCAUCCGGACCGUUGGACUCCACAUGCAGCUGUCAUGAGUCAACCACAAAGUUUGUCUAUUGAAGUGUUGCCAUGGCCCGCGUUGUGCAUCAACGCCAAGGGGAAGGUUCUGGAGACCAACACCGCGACACUGACCUUCUUCGGUAGCAAAGACAAGGUCGACUUGCUCGGCUCCUUUGAAGCCUUGGUCGCGGAGGAGGAACGCGCCGAGACCGGUGUCUACUUGAAGGAGGUCCUCGAAGGCGCCGACAGCGGGAAGUUCUUCAAGGUGACGCUCGUCACGCGCACAGGGCGGAAGCAAGCAUGCCUUCGGGCGGUGCCCCUGCGGACGGCAGGAAAGUUGGAUGGCGCAACCAUCCUGGUCCAAGACAUGGGUGAGAUCAGAGCUAUGGCAGGCACUAGCACUGCGGGUGGCGCCGAACAUUUGUCUGGAGCGCUGGCCGCCAGUGGCAUGGCUUUGAUUGGCACUGACAUGGCUGGCAAGAUCAUCGAGUGGACGCCGAGCAUGGAGAAGCUCACGGGGCUCUCGAGCGGCCAGGCCAAGGGUCAAAGCUUGGCCAAGGCGCUGAAUGCCAUGGCUCCAACGCCCAUCGAGACGGCGCUCGAAAAGGCGCUGCGUGGUCAGAACGUCGCUGGCUUCUCCACGGAGGUGAGCACCACCAGUGACAAAAGCCGGGAGGGCUUUCUCAGCUUGGCGCCGUGGAAAUCGGCCACCGGCCGCCUGGUGGGCGUUGUGGCGCGCUUCGAGGAUGCCGCGGACGUGGACAAGCGCAUGGCGGAGGCAGAUUGGAUUUGUGAUGCGAGUACUCAGCAGCUGGAAGAGGCCAAUGCCUUGAUCUUCUCCAUGGACGCCAGUUUGACGAUCACGGAGUGGAAUUCUCGCUUGGUCACUGCCACAGGGAAAGCACGCGAACGGGCGGUUGGGAGCAAACUGAGUGGCGUGGUGGCGGCUCAGUCCAUGAGCCUGGCGCAGGAAGCAGCCCGGGUCGCCUUAGCAGGUGACCUCUCCAGCCCAGUGCAGUUCACCCUGUUUGGCGUCGACAUGAUUCUCGGCUUUUCGCCUCAGUUCAGCAGUGCGGGCAAGGUGAUUGGCGUCUUUGCAGUGGGUCAGCUGCCCAUCGUCUCUAAGGAGUUGAGUGACUAUACCCAAGCCAAGGAUGCCGCGCUGCAAGAGCUCCGGGCUCCGUUGCACGGCAUCCUGGGUCUUGCAAACACCUUGUCUCAGGACCCGGGUCCGCAGCAAAGGCCGCUGGACAUGAUUCGCCAGGGUGCAGACAGAGCCUUGAUCAUGGCCACGAAAAUGGUGUACUUGGGGACUCUUCAAAAGACAGAGCUUCGAUCUGCGAGCAGCGCAACGAAAGAGAAGCCACUAGAGCUCAACGUUCUAGCCAAAGAAGUGGUGGCAAAAGCGCUCGAAGCCAAAGACAAGAAGGGCAAGCCGAUCAAGAAAGACCAGGUGAAUUUUCAAACGGAGAUCGAACCGGUGACGGUGAACAUCGACUCUCAAGCGCUCACGUCGAUCAUGAGUGAGCUCUUAAUGAACGCGCUGAAGUUCACGGUGGACGGAACGGUAUGCCUAACAAUCAAACAAGACAAGGAAGCUGAUUCCAUUAAGAUCGCUGUAAGUGACACAGGACCUGGAAUUGAGGCAGAAAAGCUUCCUCGGCUGAUGAAGGCUGUCAAUAAGACCGGUCCUGCCAACGACGUUGGACUGGGCCUGGCCACCGUGAGCGAAAUCUUGCGGAUCUACGGCGGACGCUUCGAGCUGAAAGCCAAUGAGCCAAAGGGCCUGGUGGCUGCGGUCACGCUGCCGCGGACGCCACCGAAGUCCCAAGGCCUGGAGUUGGAGCCCCGCACCAAGGUGCCUUUGCCCCAAACGCGGCAGCGUGGCACGACCUCGUGGCUAGGGCCCAGCAAUCAGAUCGGAAUUCCCAACCUCAUCAAUCCUGCUGGCAUUGCAGGUCGGACGGCUUCGUCUUUGCCUUCUUUGAAGGAAGACCCGACCUCCUUGCUGCAGGAUGAGGAAGAGAAUUUGAUCAUGAGCGUCGAUGAUGACUUUGUAAAUCAAGAAGUCAUGCGCUCGAUCCUGGAGCCAUGCGGUUUUAAGGUGGUCUCUUGCAUGAACGGAUCUGAAUGCCUGGAAUAUUUUGAUGGAGACAACCCGCGGCCGCGCUUGGUGCUGCUGGAUUUGAUGAUGCCGGGCCUGAGUGGUUUCGAUGUGCUACAAGCAAUGCAGAAGAAGACGAGCCUGCUGGAAUUGCCGAUCCUCAUCGUGUCCGCCAAAAAUCAGUCCAGCUCGGUCAUGAAGGGCUAUGAACUCGGCUGCCGCGACUGGAUUCACAAGCCCUUCUGCCGUCAAGAAUUGAUUGCCCGCGUCAAGUCCCAUUUGAAGAUGCGCUCGACGCUCUUGAGCUAUCGCCUGGCGGCCAAGAAAGAGGCACAUGAGGAGAAUGAUUGUGCCUUGAGCGAUUUGGCUGAAGAAAAGCAAGACAACAGCUUUGUGACAGGCCCAGCUGACACCACUGUGCUCUUCGCGAAUGUGGCUGCAGAGGGCUCGGUCGAAGGCAUGGCUUCGGUCUUCGAAGACUUCGAGCGCCACAGCCGGCAGCACGAAGCCCUCCGCACCGAGGUGUUUGGCAGCACCUAUGUGGCCAUCGCCAUGGGCUCGGAGGAUCAGACCUUUCACACUGACAAGCUCCUGCUGUUGGCUUAUGAUCUCCUACAGACGACUCACAAGGCAAAGUUCUCUGUGAGUAUCGGCCUUCACUCCGAAGUCGCGACGCCGCGCACGGUGACGGGGCGGCAAUAUCCGAAGAGCAGCUUCUUCAGUAGCACGGUGCAGACCGCCAAGAAGUUAUCGGAAGCCGCAGCGGAGAACCGGAUCUUGUUGUCUCGCACGGCACGGUGUCGCUUGAGCGCCGAUGUGGAGGCUGAGCUGCAACUGCAAGGUUUGCAACUCCUGGAGGGUGAUGCCAGUGCUUGGCUGGGAGAGCAUUUCUACGUGGCCCAGUCCAGCGACAGUGACAGCUCUCCGCUGAAGAUGCCGCCCGAGCCAAAGGUCCAGGUGAUUCCCUCACCCGAGAAGGAAGAGAUGCUCAGUAAGACUCAGAUGCAAGUGCAAGGGCUCCAGGAGGCCUUGGCGAAGAGCAAACAUGGCUCCGCCAGUCUCCAAAAGCAGCUCAACAUCAUGACCGAGCAGCUGCGGAAUUCCAAGCUGGAGUCUGACUCUCUCCGUGUGCAGCUGAAGGCGAGCACCGGCCCUCGACGUGACGUGCUGCGAGAGGAUACCAUGAUCCCUGAAGCAGCCGGGACAUCUGAAUCGGCAGCUCUCCUCUUCUUGCAGUGGCAGAAUGCGCAUCUUCAUUCGGACUGCCGUCACUACCAAACUGCCCUGAGCAAUACACAAGCGGAGCUGCAGUCGCAGAUCACGGCGUCUCAACUCAUGGAGUCCAAGUAUAGUUUGCUACAAGCUCGUGUGGAGCACUUGGAGCUGGACCUCAGCUUCAAGGCGGCCUUUGGAAGCAACGUGCGCGGCGUGGGCGACGAGGCGGUGCUCGGCAUGAGCACCACCAGUGCGCCUUCGGAGACGGGGCGUGGCAACACGCGCGAUGACUUUCUCGCCAGCCUCAACACGGAGAUGCCGGCGCCCAGCUUCCCGCGCCUGCGAGGUAACGCGAACCUCCUCCGCACGGGCAUCUCGGGUCUCAGCGGCCCGACUGCGAUGCCCACGAGCGCCGGCUAUCCGAGCAUCUCCGCCAGCACCUCGGUGGAAAUGCCCAAUGCCGGUGCCUUUAGCACAGGUGGUCUAUCUGAGAUGCCCUCAGCGGCUUGGGAGUCCCACCUCAAGGUGCCCAGCAGCUUUGGAAUGCCCAGUAGCUUUGGAAUGCCCAGCAGCUUUGGAAUGCCCAGCAGCUUUGCAAUGCCCAGCAGCCUGGAAAUACCCAGCAAAGGACUGGAGCCGGAGCCUGGCUUCAUGUGGAGAUCGCCCACUUGCUGAUGCCAGCGCGUGGACGUGUAGAUUUCAAGGGCGGAGGAGCGGAGAUCUUGCGAUCGAACUGGUUGGACGAUUCAACAAAGUCGGUUCGAGUACUGAGAUGAUGGGCAGAUUGCUUCUGUGCGGAUCCGAGUCUCCCGUUCAAUUUCAUCCCAUCGCCAGGCUCUUUUUAGUCUGCGCAGAUUGUGUCACCCAAAAUAGAACCACACUUGUGUG